AGCACCGGGAGGUUUUCAGCGUCGGACCAGGCCGCGCCGGAAGCCGGAGGCGGCUCCCCUAACGUUCGCGGCAUGGCGGGCUGGGGGCUGCUGGCCCGGCUGGGGCGCCGGUUGUGGGCGGCCGCGCCGGCGCCAGGGAGGCCGCUGCGGGCGGCGGCGGGGGCUCCCGGCGACAGGGGGCAGCUGGGCUUUGUAGUCAGGCACGUUAACAGUGCAACGUGGUGGCAUGAGCAUCUUUCUGAAGAGAAUGUCCAGUUCCUCAAGGAGAUAACUGCGGAAGAGUACAAAGCGCAGACAGCGAGCAAGCUGUGCCCUCUGAAAGAUGAGCCGUGGCCACUGAAUGAGUGGAAACCAGAUUCCAUCAGAGUUGGUGUUGUUGCAGUAAAACUGGGAAUGAUGCCAAUAUGGACCAAGUCAGGAAAAAAACACGCUGUCACGCUACUUAAGGUGCAAGAUUGCCAUGUUUUAAGAUAUAUUUCUAAGGAAGAGUCGGGUGGAAAAACAUCUAAGCUACUUGUUGGAGGCAAAAAUGCAUCUCCUUUCUUUAAAUCAGAGUCUGCAAUGGAAAUUUUUAAAGAAGCUGGAGUACCACGGAAGCAGAAGGUUACAACAUUUAAUGUAACAGAUGAUGCUAUAAUUAAACCAGGUACUCCGUUGUAUGCUGCUCACUUCCGCCCAGGGCAGUUCGUGGAUGUUACUGCAAAAACAAUUGGUAAAGGAUUUCAAGGUGUCAUGAAAAGGUGGGGCUUUAAAGGUCAGCCUGCGAGCCAUGGCCAGACGAAAACUCACAGGCGUCCUGGAGCCAUAUCUACCAAUAAAGCUGCCAAAGUUUAUCGUGGAAAGAAAAUGCCUGGCAAAAUGGGUAACAUCUAUAGGACGUCCUUUGGAUUAAAGGUGUGGAGGAUCAACACAAAACAUGACAUUAUUUAUGUAAAUGGGUCUGUUCCAGGUCACACAAAUUGUCUGGUGAAGGUCAAAGACAGCAAAUUGCCUACUUACAAGGACUGCAAUAAAAACCCUCCAUUCCCUACAUAUUUUGCUGAUGGAGAUGAAAAACUGCCAGAAGACUUGUAUGAUGAGGAGAUUUUCCAGUUCACGGAUCCAUCUGUCACAUACGCAUAAUGUUCUUCACAUCUUUGAAAAAAACACAAUUUUGUUAUUUUCAUGAACUUUGUAAUACUGUAUAAGAGUAAACCUAUGAAUUGCAGUCUUUCCAACUGACUUGAACACUUCAGAUAUUGCCAUUUUGGUCAGGUAAUAAGAUGUACCACUAUCAAUUUCAAACCUGUAUUUAAAGCAGCAAGUGAGUGAGGGGCAGGUCGUAAAGCACACCAAACAGUUUGUCUACAGUGAUCUUUUGUCCUCUGUCACAGGCUGUGAAAAGUUACGGAUUGCUAAAAACCUGUUGUUUUUAAGAUGGUUCCAUUUAAUUUUUUUAAUGCUUCCAAACUUUCUGUUUCUCUUUUGUGGAAAGUAUGCUGGCCAACCCUGAUAAUCAAAAAAAUUUUCAAAUCUGCUUUGGCAUCUGGCGGGGGUGGAUAAAUCAGAUGAGUGUCCAACUUCGUGAAGAAUAAUCCAAAAUAAAACAGGACAAGGCAUUGCUCUGUAGCAGCGUGAGCUUGUUUUGUUGCCCUCUUAUCACCAGAGCUCUUUCUGUCCUUUUCCUUUAAUGCUGUGUUGAGUUUAACGUAGCAGGUACCCAACAAAUUUUCUAGAGGAAAGGUGAUGCCAACCGCUGUCUGUCUCUUCAGAGAGUUCUGGCAGUGUGCGCGCUGAGGGGGUGUUCGGAUGGGAAAUGUUCAGUAACAAAGCAGCACCAAGACUGCAGUGGCCACCUGUUUGUCGCCUUCGCUGACAGCUUGCUCUGAACUUCACAGAGGAUCCAUUGCAUGCUCCCUGGAGAAAUAUCUCCACAUCUACAGUUGUCUCUGUAUUGCAUUCUUACACUGUUACAGGAGAGCUAUUAGGAGGAAAACAGGCCAAAUGUGAAGGAUUUGUCUUUAUGAUAAUGCUUAUUUUUCAUCUGCCCCACUGUUCAAUAACAGCUGGCAUCAAUACGCUCCUUUUAUUUUUCAUCUUAUGUGAUUUACUAUUUAUAAGUCUGAUCUUUUGAAUGCAGUAAAUCCUCUCACGUACAGAAGCAAGUACCUGUAUAACUGUCGGUGCCAUCUGAGCACUUAUAAGCCCUGCAGUAGUUCAAGAAUUUGCAUAUACUAAGCUACCAUUCACAAGACAAUAAAUAUCUAAAGUAAAUAUGAGACUUCUAAAGACCUUACUAUCCAACUUAAAAGGUGUUGUCAUUAUGGUGUCCCUCGGUCAUUGAAGAUGUUUUGAAUUUUUUUGUAAUAGCUCGAAGAAACCUCAUGCUGUCUUAAGGAGGCUGUAUAUAGGUACUGGCUUGUAGUAGACUGGGAGGGAUCUUUACAGACUGGGGUAUGGAAAUGUGAACUGGUAAAUAUCUACAUUGUAGGGUAUUCUCUUAGCUGGAUUCAAUCGAAUUAAAAAUGUGAUUCAAGUGAGUGCAUCAGAAUGCUGAAUAACAGCCCCACCUUUGUGCUUCCCCUUCUCUUCAGUAACACCGGCUCUGCAAGUGCAGACGUCACACGCGCGCAGCAGAUGUGAUGCAAAACGCCCACCAUACAUGUAGCAAAUAUCCCGUGGGAUGUCAUGAUUUGUCCAUAAUACUAGUAAUGACUGCAGCCUCUCACCUGUUCCAGAUAGUUGCCAUUUCCUGAGGAGGUGUUUGGUGUUCACUCUCCUGAUUACAAAAUAGAUUUUAAAAGUUACAGCAUUUCAAGUUUACUUGUUGUCGAACGCAUGUAAAUCGGGGUGUGUUCAAAUGAGUAGCCUGCUGUUCUGCUCCGGUUUAUGGGAUAAUUUGCACACUGUGCUUUCCUUGAGGAGCUUUGUUGAUUUUGGGGGGUUUUUUUGGGUGGCUUGUUGUUUGGUUUUUUUACUUAAUUGGUAAUGAUCCUGGACUAUCCCUGAGGUGGCCACACAGAGAGAUGCUUUCUCCUACUUGGUUUCUCAGCCAGAAGUUCCAGGACUGAGGGAUCCUCUCCUGUAAGUUAUGUUUUGGGUUUGCUUUCAGCAUAUGCCCUGGGAAGCACCAAGAAUCCAAUGUGAGCUCAAAGGGAGCCACAGGUUAAAAAAAGUGAAUUAAAAUUAACUCUGUAUUAAAUGAGAUUUUAGCUUGAGGGGAAAAUUGACAAUCUACUCCAAUUCCUGUUGCUUUGGUAAGAGAAGAACUUCUCCCUGUUUGGCAUAAACAGUGAAAUUCCGGUGAUCUGCUUACGUUACUUCUUAGCUUCGUUGUCCAGGGAAUGACUUCAGUCAUUCAGGGAAUUCUGUAGUUAACAUUAUCUUCCAUUUUUUUUAGCUUUAAAAUUUCUGUUGAAGCCUGUAUACCAUCAGAUUAGUCUCUGCAGUUGUGCUUUUGGAAUGCGUGCUGGCUGUGAGCAGCAUUAUUUUUCCAGAUGCUGCUUGUUCAGGUAGGUGUUGGUCUCGUUUUUCUGGAGACGUACAGGUGAAACCUUUUCCAUCUCUGUUUAUCAAGAGUGCUUGGACAUUAAAGACAAGGGCUUUCAUAGCUCAAGUAAAGAUUGACGUCCUGAAGGUAAGUAUUUUCUGUAGAGCAGGUGCAGGGUGAGAUGCAAAAGUUCUGCUGAUGUGAGCUCAUAGUGCAUCCUCGUUUGGAACAGAAACACCUGUUAGACCUGCUUUUCCAUCAGAUGUUGGAAGGCUUAUGGUGUUUUGCAUUUAAUUUUCCAUGCACUCCCCAUCCCUCGUGUCUGCUGCUCUUCUGACUAAUGAGAGGACUUUGUGCAGGAGAAAGGCGUGCUGAAGUUAUUUCAAGAAACAAAAUUGUUCAGAAGUGUAAUGACACCAGAUGCUCUAAGCCCACCUACAAGCUUGUUCUUAGAAAAGGCUAAGGGUGCUUAGUGAAGUAUUUUUAGGCUUUACCGAAGGUGCUGGAGCUGAGCAUUUAUUCUUUAUUCCCUCAAUAUAGGGGUGAAGGUUGUUGUGGCUUGUUGAGCAGAUGUGCUUUUAAGAAUCAAAGAAAAGUAGUCAAAAUUGGGUAAAUAUUGAGUCCUCUUGUCUCAGAUAGGCCAACAGUUUCUUGUGCUAAAGGAUGUGUUCACUUUUCUGAGAAAGCAAACCAAGAGCUCUGUUGCAAGUAGUUAUCUGUGUGUUUGGUUGCACUUCCUGAGCACCGAAAGUUUAGAGCUCUCAGGGAACAUAUGGCCAGGCGGCAACAAAAAGAAGCUCUUAUUCCAUAUUACCUGUAGAUUAUUAAAGAUGAAGGAGCUGAACGUGUUACCAGGAGUCUGAAUCCUGUAGGACAGCAUCUUGCCCAAUGUUGCAGUCUGUUUUGCUGUCUGAGGACAUAAUUGUUGGCAAGCUCUGCUCUCACUGCCAGAACUUGUGAAGCGGCUGAGAUCUACCAUGAGUUGUGUCCCUGUUUCAGCACAGAGAGAGAGCAAAGCCUUGAUCUCCUCUGGGAGUAUAAUGCUUGAGAGUCGUGCCCUCUCCUCUGUGUCCUUGGGCUGGUAAAGGGCCUGCGCUUUCCCUAGCAUGUACCAUUUUGCUUUGUGAUAUUAAAAAUCCUAAGGGGAUCCAGUAAAAAGCACGAGCGCUUUGAAACCGAUGAGUGCGAGUGGGUUUACUGUGUCCUCUACUACCAUCUUAGCAGGAAAACAGCUCUUCUUUUCUUGUAUUUUCUGGCAAAGCGCUAACAUACACCAGUGCCUGUACACCCUGGGAAUUUAACUGUUCCUGGAGCUGCCCGUAAUGAUGAGACAAUGAACCAAGCAGUUCCUUCGUAUUCAGUCCAUUUUCUGCAGGCAUUUGUGACUAUAGGGUUGUAAACGACACGCUGAGCUCGGGUUUGCACGUCCAGGAGCACAUUACCCCCUCCAUAGGUUGUUCUGUUUGUUUGGGCUAGUGGGGUGUUUUUAAGAUCACUUAACACGCUGCUUUGGAGGAGGAUGUAGGGUUAAGCUUUAGCUGUAUCCGUGGCUCCGUGGCGUGACUGCUUUGAAAAAUAAAUACUCUUGAUUAAUAACCCUUCUCAGUGGUUCUGUAAUAGUACAUGAAUAAACAGUGGCAAGCUUACAAUAUAAGUUGAAGGUAAAAAGACAGCAGGAAGAGGAAAUCAAAACACUUGUCUAUCACUUGACAACAUAAUUGCAGUCAUUGAUGAUAAACAAGGAGAGUUUAUUUCCCUUGAAUCCAUACUUUUAAAUACCAUUGCUCUGUCACUAUGUGAGACCAAUAAACAUUUUCCUUUGCUAUUUUCA